AGAAGCUGCCAUGGGUCAUCAUUCUUGCUGCAACCAACAGAAGGUUAAGAGGGGUCUCUGGUCUCCUGAAGAAGAUGAAAAACUUGUUCGAUAUAUAACCACCCAUGGCUAUGGUUGUUGGAGUGAAGUCCCUGAGAAAGCAGGCCUUCAAAGAUGUGGUAAAAGCUGUCGUUUGAGAUGGAUCAACUAUUUGAGGCCAGAUAUCAGACGAGGCAGAUUCACUCCAGAAGAGGAGAAGCUGAUUAUAAGCCUGCAUGGUGUCGUAGGGAACAGGUGGGCUCACAUUGCAAGUCACUUGCCUGGUAGAACAGACAAUGAAAUAAAGAACUACUGGAAUUCAUGGAUUAAGAAGAAAAUAAGGAAAUCAUCAUCAACUCCAGAGUUGAAUUCGAAACCGGGUUAUGGUUCUAAUAACCAAAUCAAUUUAAUGAAUCAAGAAUUUAUGACAAAUAAGGCACCAAUUCAAGAAACCCUAUUUUCUUCUCAAUGCCCACUUCUUAUGUUUGAUACUAAUUUGGUUUUUGAUAAUGGGUUUACUAGUAGUAUCAGUAGUAGUAGUGGAGUAGUAGAUGUAAACCAACAUGAAACCCAAACACUUCUUGCACCUCUUCCUCCUUUUCUUAAUCAACCUUCACUUCACCCUAUUUCAACAUUUACAGCUCCAAGCAUGAACUCAAGUUAUUUGCCAGCUUUUGAAAACCUAGAAGCAGCCAUGGUGCCUCUUGAGGUUCAAGCAUGUGGUUUAGAAGAAGAUGGAGAGAUGGACUUGGAUUGCUUACAGAGACAGGAUUUGAAUGAAUGGCUUGAGUCUCACUCAUGCCCAUCUAGCUUUCUAAUUUGGGAUCAACCCAUUGAGUCACAGAUGUGUGGGGAAGGAAAUCUUGCACCUUCUUCUUCAAAUGCUUCAGCUAUGCUUUCUUCUUCUUACCCCUCUUCAUUUUAAGGUUAUGAUGAGGUGAGGUGUUUUAUUUAUCCUCUUUCUCU